UGGGAGCGCGCGCGCGCGCGCUGUGCCGCGUGACGCCUGGGGCGCGCGGAUGUGUGUGCGGACGCGAGGCGGCGGGCCCGGGCCAUAGACGCUGGGCCGGAAGGAGAGGCGAGAGGGGCUUGGCUAGAGCGGCUUGGCUAGAGCGUCGCCCCAGCAGCCGCGGGCGAGUCCGAGUCCGCCAGGCAGCCGCGCCUGCACCCGCGCCCGGACAAAGCCGCCGCCGUCGCCUCCCGCCGUCCCGCCCCGCCCUGCCCUUCCUCCCCUGCCCCGCCAGCAGCCCCGCCGCGGAGCCAUGUCGGCCAGCAGCCUCCUGGAGCAGAGACCCAAAGGCCAAGGCAACAAAGUGCAAAACGGAUCUGUGCACCAGAAGGAUGGGUUAAACGAUGAUGACUUUGAACCCUACUUGAGUCCGCAGGCCCGGCCGAACAAUGCCUACACUGCCAUGUCCGACUCCUACCUGCCCAACUACUACAGCCCCUCCAUCGGCUUCUCCUACUCCUUGGGGGAAGCUGCCUGGUCUACAGGGGGGGACCCCCCCAUGCCCUACCUAACCUCCUACGGACAGCUGAGCAACGGGGAGCCUCACUUCCUCCCCGAUGCCAUGUUUGGGCAGCCAGGGGCCCUUGGCAGCACUCCCUUCCUCGGACAGCAUGGCUUUAACUUCUUUCCCAGCGGGAUCGACUUCUCGGCGUGGGGCAGUAACAGCUCUCAGGGACAGUCCACCCAAAGCUCGGGCUACAGCAGCAGCUAUGCCUACGCGCCCAGCUCACUGGGGGGGGCCAUGAUCGAUGGGCAGUCUGCCUUCACCAGUGAGACCCUGAACAAGGCUCCUGGCAUGAAUGCCAUCGACCAAGGCAUGGCUGCUCUCAAGCUGGGCAGCACGGAUGUGGCCAGCAGCAUGCCAAAGGUUGUGGGGUCAGCUGUGGGUAGUGGAUCCAUCACCAGUAACAUUGUAGCCUCCAACAGCUUGCCUCCAGCCACCAUUGCUCCUCCGAAGCCAACCUCCUGGGCCGACAUUGCCAGCAAACCUGCCAAGCAGCAGCCCAAGCUGAAGACCAAGAAUGGCCUUGCAGGCUCGACGCUGCCACCACCUCCCAUCAAGCACAACAUGGACAUCGGCACGUGGGACAACAAAGGGCCCGUGGCAAAGGCCCCGGUGCAGGCCUUGGUUCCAAACAUGGCACAGCAGCCAGCUCAGGUGUCCUCCCAGCCCGUGGGUCAGCAGAUCAACAGCAGCCCACCGGUGGUACAGGCCUCGAGUGGGCCACAGCCCCAGGUACUGCCAUCGCAGCCAAGCCAGCUGCCAGUGCCACCGCCAGCCCAGCCCUCCCGCUGGGUUGCCCCCCGCAACCGGGGCAGUGGCUUCAGCCAGAACGGGGCAGACAGCAACGGAGCAGGGCUGGCUCAGGCGGCACCUGGUGCCGCUCCCUCAGAGCCACACCCAGUGCUGGAGAAGCUGAGGUCCAUCAACAACUACAACCCCAAGGAUUUCGACUGGAACCCGAAGCACGGCCGUGUGUUCAUCAUCAAGAGCUACUCUGAGGACGACAUCCACCGGUCCAUCAAGUACAACAUCUGGUGCAGCACAGAGCAUGGCAACAAGAGACUGGACGCUGCCUACCGCUCCAUGAACGCCAAGGGCCCUGUCUACCUGCUCUUCAGCGUCAACGGCAGCGGCCACUUCUGCGGGGUAGCAGAGAUGAAAUCUGCUGUGGACUACAACACGUGUGCAGGGGUCUGGUCCCAGGACAAGUGGAAGGGGCGGUUUGAUGUCAGGUGGAUUUUUGUGAAGGACGUUCCCAAUAGCCAGCUGCGGCACAUCCGCCUAGAGAACAACGAGAACAAACCAGUGACCAACUCCAGGGACACUCAGGAGGUGCCUCUGGAAAAGGCUAAGCAGGUGUUGAAAAUCAUUGCCACCUACAAGCACACCACCUCCAUCUUUGAUGACUUCUCGCACUAUGAGAAACGCCAAGAGGAGGAGGAAAAUGUUAAAAAGGAGCGCCAGGGCCGUGUCAAGUAAAAGGCCACUCCUGCCCCAGAGACUGCAGCAGUGAUUGCAUCCCAGCUGUCCUUCAGAGAGAGAAAAGAAGAGCAAAAGCAUCCCAGAGAUAAUUAGGACUUUUUUUCCCCCUUAAUUUCAUUGACUUCAGAAAGACUCUGGCAAACAGUUAAAAAAAGGAAAGGAACAUCCAGAACCAACCCAAGAACCAACAAAUGUGGGAAUCUGACAAGGCACAGGACUGAGCAAAACAAGCAGUGAGACCCUGAGAGAAAGGAAUCCCCUCUAGGUAGAAUAGAGGCAAAGCUGUCCCCUUCCUCUGGCUUCGGUUGUGGUUUCAGAGCAGAGCUUUGGUUUCUUUGUCUUUUUACUAAGUUCUUUGGAUUUCCAGGUCCAUACUGGCAGAUGCCUUCUUUUUUUAGGUAUUUUCCUCUCUCAUUUUUAAACCCUGCUGCUCCCCUCCCUGCCCCUCUUCCCCCCGCAUCUGACAUUUGCACUUGGGUGACACUGAGUUGUGACAUCCCCACAGGGAGUGGGGGAUCAUCUGGAUUUUCUUUCCCUCCCUGUUUCCCCCCCACCCCUGGUCUGGAAGGUUGAGGAAUUCCAUGAGGAAGUUGAGGGUUGGCCUGGGAAGAAUUGAACAGAAAUUGUCCACCAGGUUGUGUCUAAAGGUGGCUCAUUUUUCUCUGACUUUUUUGUUACUCAGUCGAGUCCAUGUUCUGUUCUCAUGCCUCACACAAAGGAGGUCUGGGUUCAGUUGAGUGUUGGAAGCUGAGAGCAGUGGUUCAAACUUGUUUUGUUUACAGGAAAAUGAAUUUUGGACACAAGAGGAAAAAAAAGACUCUUGUAAGCUGUGUAGUGAAUCUGUUCUUCAGUUUCUUGUUCAGCCAGCGAGGACUGGGCCUUGCCUUUCUUUUCACCAUUAAUCACUCUCAGUAAUAAACGUGAGAUCCUGUUGAGCAUCA